CUGGGAAUUCUGGGAAGUAAUGCAAAAGUUUCAAGAUGGCGGCGAGCAGGAGGCUGAACAAGGAACUUGACGAGAUUCGCAAAUCUGGAAUGAAAAAUUUCAGAAACAUUCAAGUUGAUGAAUCAAACCUGUUGUCAUGGCAAGGGCUCAUUGUUCCUGACAACCCUCCCUAUGACAAAGGCGCAUUCAGGAUUGAGAUUAUUUUCCCUACUGAGUACCCUUUCAAGCCUCCCAAGAUCACCUUCAAAACAAAGAUCUAUCACCCCAACAUUGAUGAGAAGGGGCAGGUGUGUUUGCCUGUUAUCAGUGCAGAGAACUGGAAGCCAGCCACCAGGACUGACCAAGCAACUGUGGUUGUAGCCCUCCAGUGGGAUGUUGAGAGGAAGGAGGCCAACGUUACCAGUGAGGCCCACGUCCUGGAUGGAUGCCCAAACAACAAGCUGUUUGUACCUGCACAGUUGCACGAGGUGGUGUUGCAAUGGGGAGAUUCCUCCAAGGUGGCUUGUCACCUGGAAUUAUUCAGUCCCUCAUUGCUCUGGUGAACGACCCACAGCCAGAACAUCCCUUGAGGGCAGACCUAGCAGAAGAAUACUCAAAGGACCGUAAAAAAUUCUUGAAGAAUGCUGAAGAGUUUACAAAGAAACAUGGCGAAAAGCGGCCAAUGGACUGAUCACUUGAGCAUUUAGCCCUCUGUCUCUUUCUCCCUUUCCCGCUUACCUGCCCAGGCAAAUAUUCUUGCUAUUUGCCCCCUCCUCGCCACCCAUCUCACUCCCUCCCUUAUCCUCCCUUAUAGUCAGAUUCCUCUCUGUUGCUCCCCACACUGCUUAGUCUUGCAGCCUGGGAGCGGUCCUGCUGAAGCUAGCAGUGGUAGCCUGAGCCUCCCUUCCCACCUGUUAUGUGGAUCAGACCGCUUCCUCUUUCCUCUCCCUCCUCCCCUGCCAUAGAUUUCCGUCACUAACUUUCUACUCUGACAUAAUGAAAACAUGGAGAGUCAAAUAGGAAUUCUCAAGAGUAAUGUUGAUUUUCUGUUUGAUUAUCUUCUAUAUAAAGUAUUGUGUUAAAUAGAUCUCACAUAGUUUUUUUUUAUGAGAUUCGAAACGGUUUGAUUAAUCAUUCUCUUAGCCAUAUUAGCAGUAACAAAUCGAGGAAAAGAAAGAAAAUCUUUGCCCUUGUUUUUGUUUUGUUUUUUCCAGACUGCAUUUCCCUUCGUAACCUCCACUGCUUCUAGACUUGCAAUGUAUUAUUUGGAAUUACCCCACAUUUCCACUUACCCAGUUUGACCCUCUGAGCAAUGUUGUUCCACAUCGGAAUUGUUAUAAAACUUCUGUAUAAAAAAAACCUCCUCAAAUACUCUCUGCAGGCUCCUUUUAAAGAAAAAUAUUCAUUUGUGUUUUUAUGGGUUUGAUUAGGUGUACCAAAACAUAUUCCCUGGGUGAAAAAGAUUUUGGCAUGACAAAUGCCUUGUAGUAUUCUUUUAGUACUAAGAAUAAUUUCGCUUGACACUUUGAGACAUCAAAUUUCAAAGUAGGAACAACCUGCUUGUUUAAUUGGUAUGGUUCAUCUUUUCACUGCUUGUCAUUGCAGUGUAACCAUUUUCAUUUAGGUUACCCCAUUUACUACAUUCUGGCAGCAGAUCCACUGCUUAGCUUCCCGUGCUAAAAAGGACCUAAAUGGGGUGUGGGGGGGUCAAAGGACUGGGAGGCAGAUUCUCUCACCUGGCGCGCAAUUCAGCUCAACCAGACCACUAUAAAGCAAACUGGGAGAGGGGAUAGCAGUUCAGGGUUAUGCCAAGAUAGAAAGGGACUGAGUGGCCACAAAACAUGUAACAGCCAGUUGAUACGGUUUCAGUUCUUGUUUCAUAAUAAAGAUGGCUAACAAUUUUGCCUCA